AUGGGUCUUGCGGAAAAAGUCCUGUCACUGGUGACGGUGACCAAUGCCAUUUUGGGACUCGUCGCCUAUAUCGCGCUCAAGUUUACCUGGCAAGUUAUUUACUACCGCUUCUUCAGUCCGCUCGCGAAAUUCCCCGGUCCUUUCUGGGGCUCUGUAACUCGUCUUUGGAUCGCAUGGCAUAAUCUGCUGGAUACUGAGGUACCGACUGUUUAUGCGCUUGCUAAAAAACAUGGCCCUGUUGUUCGCAUCACCCCCACAUUGUUGCUGGUCAACGAUCACGAAAAGCUCCCAGAAAUCUACCACCGCAAUGCAGACAAGACUGGGCACUAUAUCACUGGCAGCUUCGGCGAGACCGAGUCCCUGUUCAACAUGAGAUCUCACAAGACCCAUGCGGUGUUCAGGAAGCACGUUGCUGGACCGUACAGCUUCAGCAACAUCAAAAAGAUGGAGCCAUUGGUUGAUACGCGCAUCACCGCAUGGACCAAAAAGCUCACGGAAAAGUUCGUGAAGACCGGCGAAGCCUUCGACUUCUCCUGGUGGGCAGUCUACAUGGCCUACGACAUCAUCAGUGAAAUCGGCUUCGGUGAACCCUUCGGCUUCGUCGAAAAAGGCGAAGACAUCGGCGGCCUAAUCCAAGGCUUCCACGACGGCCUCCCAGCCUUCGGCCUCCUAGCCCGCCUCCACCCCUUCACCUCAUGGAUAAAAACCACUGCCUUGAAAAAGUACCUCGUCGCCUCACCAGCCGACGACUCGGGCAUCGGUGUCUUAAUGCGCUUCCGCGACCGACUCAUCGAUCAGCGUAUCAAGGACAUCCAGAACGGCAAGAAAAUCGACCAAACAGACCUGCUCCAGACCUUCCUCGAGGCUCGCACUGAAGAAGGCAAACCCCUAGAUCUGGAGUACAUCCGCGCGGAGGUCCUACUCGUCCUGCUCGCCGGCGCAGACACAACCGGCACCGCCUUCCAGGCCAUGGUGCAGUUCCUCAUGACGCACCCGGAGGCGUACGAGCGUAUGAUGGCGGAAAUCGAUAACGCAGUCCGUAAGGGCCUCAUCUCUGAUAUGCCACAGUACAAUGAGGUCAUAGAGCAUCUGCCUUUCUAUGUUGGCUGUGUGAAGGAGACAAUGCGUUUGUGUCCGUCUGCGCCGAAUAUCUUCCCCCGCUAUGUCGCCGAGCCGGGGAUUGAGCUCUAUGGUCGCUUUGUACCGGCUGGUACCGAGGUUAGCUGCAACCCGUACCUUGUACAUCGGGAUCCGAGGCUUUAUGGGGAUGAUGCUGAGGAGUUUAAGCCUGAGAGGUGGUUGGAUGCCGAGAAGGCGAAGUUGUACAAUAAGUAUAACUUUUCGUUUGGGUAUGGGUCGCGUAUCUGUUUGGGGAGGGAUAUUGCUAUGAUGGAGUUGUUCAAGGGUCCUUUGCAGUUCUUCCGUAAAUACAAGCCGGAGACUGUGAAGGGUAAGCCUGAGGCUCAGUUCAUGAUCAAAGGUGGCAUUGGGUACUGGAGAGACUUGUGGUUGACCAUCUCUCCCCGGCCAGAGGUAAAGGCAGAGUGA